AUGAGUGUAUACGAUCAAAAGGCGUUCAACCUCGCAGCACGGAAUCGCACUCGAGAUACUCGAGACGUGCCUACAAGAACGCGUGACAUGGCCCAGCCAGGCAAGACAGUCUGGAAUUAUGCCAUGCGAACAGUGGGCGUUCAACUCUCCAUCACUCGUAACCCCAUGAUCAGUGGGCGUGGCGGUCCUCGAGAGCUCGUACAAGUCAGACUCUACGCCGUGACAAGUCGAUCUGGAAACGACCCCGACCCAGCCCUUGACAGCCGUGUCGAUGCCGACUCGAUCUGCAUUUUGAGCUGA